AUGUCUCGCCUGCUUGUUUCCAUUGCUCUUAUCUCUCUGCUCACCAGCACCGUCAAUGCAGCAGCCUGCCCACGCUGUCCAGUCUCAAUCACCUAUACCACCCCAAGCGGUUGUCCAGCUCUCAACUGUGUCCAAGCCACCUGCACCGUGACAACCACAACAACCAUUCCUACCUCCUAUUGCAGCACAAAGACUCGCACAGCAUGUCCACGCUUCUGCGCUGCUUGCUUCACCGAAACCAUAACUGAGCAAGAAGAUCCCACGACAAUGCAACCAACGACUAUCACUGGUGCUGAGCCAAACACGACCAUCAAUCCUGGCGGCCCGAUCAUCACUGAUCCCAUUUAUCCUCCUUCGUCUACUGUAGCUGGAGAUUGUGCUCCGUACACGAUUACCACUACUGCUUCUAACCCAGCGUGCACUUUCGAUACAUCGACAUGUAUCAGACCGUUGUGUGUGUUUGAGACCACGACUACGGUGCCCCCUUGUGGUGUUCCUGUAACAGAGACUGAGCUUGCGACGUGUGCUACUGAGUGUCCGGCUGGCUGUGCUACAUUUACCUAUACCACUACCGGUGUUUCUGCUUCUUCUACAGCUCUGAACUGA